UCAGAUCAUUUCCUGAAUGACUUAAGUGUGGUAAAGAUCAGCAGCAGGCAGAGGUAUCUGACAGCUGAGCCACUUGUCAUUUCCUUGUCUGCACUACAGCUAUGAACUAGAUGCAUACCCUGCCAGCCAUUCCCAUUACCUGCCCUCCCUGCACAGACUCUCACUGCCCUCCAAGUGCCUCUAAGCUCAGGACAAAAGGUCCCUGUGUGAAUGCUUUCAUUUUUUAAUGGACUAGCUAAAGAUCUCACCUACCUCUUCGAAACAUUUGGUCUACCAUCGCAAGGAUCUAUAAUACUUCAGAAUGAGAUUAUUAAGAAGACACUAUGGGCCCCUGAAGCUCGCCCUGGUGGGUGUAGUAUUUGUGAUCUUUGUUUUCAUUAUGCACAAAGACGUUGGGAAUGGUACCAAAGAUGAUCCGUGGUUAAAAAACAUUGUUGAACGGAAAGAUCAAGUCAUUGACAUCAUGAUGGGAGCUGUUAAUAACUUAAGGGACUCCAUGCCAAAGCUUCAGAUCAAGGCCCCCGUACAGCAAGAGGAAUCCGUACAGAAUAGCAAGUCCUGUCUUCCUGGAUAUUACACACCAGCUGAACUAAAACCAUUCAUGGAGAGACCUCCACAAGACCCCAACAGCCCUGGCGCGGAAGGGAAAGCUUUUAAGAAAGAUCAGUGGACUGCAGAAGAGACAAAGCAGAAAGAUAAGGGUUAUGACAAGCAUUGUUUCAAUGCAUUUGCCAGUGAGAAGAUUUCCCUUCACAGAGCCCUUGGACCUGACACCAGACCCCCUGAAUGCAUUGAACAGAAAUUUAAACGUUGCCCCCCACUUCCAACAACCAGCGUAAUUAUCGUCUUUCAUAACGAGGCCUGGUCCACCCUGCUUCGCACGGUGUAUAGCGUGCUACAUACAUCACCAGCCAUCUUACUAAAGGAAGUCAUUCUUGUGGAUGAUGCCAGCGAGGAUGAUUACUUGAAGGAACCAUUGGAUAACUAUGUGAAGUCCCUACAGAUCGUAAAGAUAAUGCGACAGAGAGAAAGGAAGGGUUUGAUCACAGCGCGGUUGCUGGGUGCUAGUGUUGCUACCGGAGAGGUGCUGACCUUCCUGGAUGCCCAUUGCGAGUGCUUCCAUGGGUGGCUGGAACCUCUCUUGUCCAGGAUCGCAGAAGAUCACACUGCUGUUGUGAGCCCAGAUAUAACCACUAUUGACCUAAACUCCUUUGAGUUUUCCAAACCAGUCCAGUACGGCAAGCAGCACAGUCGGGGGAACUUUGACUGGAGUUUGACAUUUGGUUGGGAAACAAUCCCAGCGCAUGAGAAAGAAAGAAGAAAAGAUGAAACAUACCCAAUCAAGUCUCCAACUUUUGCUGGUGGUCUUUUUGCAAUUUCCAAAUCGUACUUUGAGUACAUCGGAUCCUAUGAUGACCAAAUGGAAAUUUGGGGAGGAGAGAAUGUGGAAAUGUCUUUUAGGGUCUGGCAGUGUGGUGGACAGUUGGAGAUAAUACCUUGCUCUGUGGUAGGCCAUGUGUUUCGUACUAAGAGCCCCCACUCGUUCCCUAAAGGAACACAGGUCAUCUCCAGAAAUCAAGUGCGUCUUGCAGAGGUCUGGAUGGAUAGAUACAAGGAGAUUUAUUACCGGAGAAAUCAGCAGGCUGCCAAAAUGGUCAGAGAGAAAAGUUAUGGUGAUAUUUCUCAAAGACUUAAGCUCAAAGAAGAUUUGAAAUGUAAGAACUUUACGUGGUACCUGGAAAAUAUCUACCCUGAGAUGUUCAUACCUGACUUAUCACCAACCUAUUAUGGUGCUAUUAAAAAUGAAGGAUCCCAGAACUGUCUGGAUGUCGGGGAGAACAACCACGGUGGAAAGCCGCUGAUAAUGUACCCAUGCCACGGAAUGGGUGGCAACCAGUACUUUGAAUACUCCACCCAGCGUGAGCUGCGGCAUAAUAUUGGCAAGCAGCUGUGCCUACGUUCCAAGUAUGGGCCGGGUCAGGUGGAACUUGGGGAUUGUCAGUACAAAGGAAGAGGGACAACCGUGCCCGGGAAUGAAGAGUGGGAGAUUACAAAGGACCGCCUGCUUAGAAAUGUGGGUUCCAAUAUGUGUUUAACAUCUCGAGGGGAGCACCCAUCUACUACCGAGUGUAACCCUUCGGACAUACACCAGCGCUGGGGCUUCAGCUAAUGUUUUUGGGUUAUCCGCUACCUCUGCCGCAGUGCCUUUUUAAUCCACUGGAUCCAUAACAAGAACAUUUUAAACAUCAAAAUACUUUGUUCCCUAGAUGGUUUUGAGUCAGGGAACUUUUCAGUGUGGUCUUCUGCCAUAAUGUUUACUAAUAGAAUUGUGCCUUGAAUAAUAAGUGGAUCGUAGAAAAUUCACUUUCCUUUAAAAAAAACAAACUUUUUUUUAAUGUCAAAUCGGCCUGAAAUAGAAUUUAAAAUUCAGAAUUUAGGGGUAUUAGGUUGUUUUGCAAAUAUUUACUGUGUCACAGCCAAUGUGAAUGCUUCCAUACCUGUACAAAGGUGUAUUCUGGUAAACAGAAUAAAUAAAUCCCAGAGACGGUUCCCAUGUACAGGCAUCUAAUGGUCCUCUAUAUAGCAGCUUUCAAAAUGAACUCCGUAAUCUGCAAAAUUAGACUGAACUGGGGAACUCAAAAAAAGAAGCGUAAUGGAUUUUUGGUAAAACCUUUCCAGAUCUAACAGCAUGGACAGAAAAAGGACAAGCACAAGUAAUGAAGAAGCAUCAAAAUAGCAAAAACUUUAAGAAUACUGUGAUCUUCUUUUAAAAAAAUAAAGAAAAUGGGAAAACUACCAUAUUUGUCAUCAUGUCAACAACAAUGAGCCUUCUCACAAAAUUAUGAAAAAACUGCUACUUUUGUCCUUGAGCAAAAUACCAAAAACACUAACCAGUUUUAGCAAGAAUUUUUUUUUUAAUGUUUUUUUUUUUUUUUUAAUUGUAUGUCCUUAAAGAUCAAGCGUGUGCCGUUUCCACUGUAAUGAAGGUAAAGGGGCAAAACAAAAUACGAUAUGACUGUGACUUGAAGUAUAAAUCCGAAGUAUGCCUAAAUAAGGCAUAAGCAAAAAGGUUGUUCGUUAUUCAUGUUGCAUAUUUAUAAUGCCAUAAUCCUUGUAUAACAAAUGUUAAAAAUGUUGGGGCAGUUAGUUUCAACACUGGAUUAUUAGCAACAAAUAAAAACGACAUCAUUGUUAUUGUUUAUUUUACUACA